AUGCAUAUAACCGAGAGGACUUUGUUAUUGAAUCAUCCAAGUGAAACAAAUGCAGCUAAUGGACUUUCGCUGUGUUUUGCUAUUGUUUGCAUUGUAGAUGUUUUCGGAGUAUUUCCAAUAGUAACUUUACCGAAAGCGAUUAUAGACUGUGGAUAUUAUGGUAUUCUGCUCGUAAUAAUAGUUUGUUCCUCGCAAAUCUAUACAGCUAUCUUACUGGGGAAAUGUUGGCUUAUAGCAGAAGAAAUAGACCCUGCGAUGAGUAACAGGAAUCGUUAUCCGUAUUUGGCGUUGGCUCAAAUAACAUAUGGCAAAUGUUUGUCUAACAUUGUAACAUUUCUGCUGGACUUAACAAUUUUUGGAGGAGGAAUACCAAAUUUGAUUGUUGCUUCUCGUACCCUAGAACUACUCGGUUUACGAAUAACUGACCAUAAUUUCGAUAUACCCUAUUGCUACUGGAUGAUUAUUCUGGGUGCAGCUUUGUGUCCGAUACUUUGGCUUGGAAGCCCCAAAGAUAUGAAAUGUGUAUGUUCAUUAUCCGUUUUCAUGGUUAUAAGUGUAUUUAUUCUGGUAACUGGUUGCUUAUUAUUUAGUACUAACUCAAACAGAACUGCAACUGGCACAGAUCAAAACCUAGAAGACAUUAUACCAAAAGAAAUUCCACUCUGGAAAUCCAUGCUAACGGGUUAUGGCAUUAUAGCAUUUCAGUUUGAUAUCCAUCCGACGAUUUUAACAAUACAAAUGGACAUGAAUGAUAAAAUGAAACUGCCUAGAGCUGUUAUUGGCGCUUUUGCAGCAAGCUUAUGCAUGUGUGGUAUAACCACCAUAUUAUCUUCCAUAAAAUAUGGAACCAAUACAGAAUCAAGUAUUUUGGAGACAUUACCAACAACAAUCCCAUUAGAAAUCACUGCAGGUUUGACAGCCCUUCAAUUAUAUCUGACAUCAGUAGUUAGCAACAAUGCUCUUUAUCAGCAUUUGGAAGACUGCCUCAGCAUUUCCAGAGAUUUCAACCCUAAAAGGUGUGCUCUAAGAACCAUUUUGCUAAUAUUAGCAGUAGUUAUAGCCCAAGCUGUUCCAAGUUUUGAUUUGGUUAUGUCGACCAUAGGUGGAACCCUAAUUGGACCUCUUGUAUUCAUUUUACCACCACUAUUUUACUUAAAAAUGUUAUCCUUACAAACUGAUCACGAACAGGAACUCACCAUGGAAUCUUUGGAACCUCUUACAAACAUAGUAUAUGACAAGGAUACUAAUUCAAAAAGUUUGCAAGAAUACAGAGAACACCCCUUUAAAAAAGAUAUUAAUCUUUCAUUAAAAUUAGCUCAGACUAACUCCAAACAACUUUUCAACAAAUAUUUUGUAAGAGGUGUGUGUCUGCUGAUAAUAAUUGUUUAUUCCAUUGUUACUACUGUUACCACUUAUUUAAAUUUUAAGAGUGCAACUUUGUCGUAUAGUAACUACACGAAACCUUGUAUUUAUAAUAUAUCUACAGCAUUACUAUACUUAUAA